GCUGGACUUCCGUUUGCGGUGCUAAAUAUUCAGCACAAGCCUUUCAAAAGAGGCUUUUUCUGCAGCGAUGAACAGCAUCAGAUACCCAUUUAAAGAAGAUACCAUAUCCUACCAGCUACUGAUGGGAAUAAUGAUACCACUGGCACUCUUGCUAAUCGUCUUUGGCGAGUGUUCCAUAUAUCUGCAACCCAGAGCGUCCUUCAGUUAUGAAUAUGUAGCGUGUGUGUAUAAAGCGGUUGGGUCGUUUGUGUUUGGAGCGGCGCUGAGUCAGUCGCUGACCGACAUCGCCAAAUACACCAUCGGCCGACUGCGGCCGCACUUUCUGACGGUGUGCAAACCACACUGGAGCCUCAUUGACUGUAAAUCAGGGUAUAUCGAGAACUUCACCUGUACAGGAGACCCCACGCUCACUAACGAGGGCCGGCUUUCCUUUUACUCUGGUCACUCAUCAUUCUCCAUGUACUGUAUGCUGUUCCUCGCUCUGUAUCUACAGUCCAGAAUGAGGGCGGGGUGGGCUCGUCUGGUGCGUCCGACUCUGCAGUUUUCGUUAAUUGCAGCGUCUCUAUAUGUGGGUCUGUCUCGCGUCUCUGACUAUAAACACCACUGGAGUGACGUUCUCACCGGACUCAUACAGGGAGCUGCUGUGGCUCUCUUUACUGUGUUCUGUGUGUCGGAUCUUUUCAAUGUGAAGUGCGUGUCAAAUAAAGACGAGGAGAUUUCACACACCAGCCUUCAGGAGACGUCAGAUUCACCAAACCACUACGGCAGCACACAGUGACACACACACAGACACACACUGGGAAGCAGGACCAUGCAAAAACCAUUCAUUUUUAGAAUAAUUCAAGGGACAAAAGGGUUCAUUUACUUAAAGCAGAGCAGUAUGGAAGAAAGAAAAGUGGUUUCUGUGGUAACAAAAUGCAAUAUUCACACUGAAGUGAACACAAACAAUUAUGAUUUUUCUAAUGGAUAUGAGCACAGCGGGUAAAGUCAAACAAAAGCGGGUCUAUAAUGCCCCUUUUUUACAGGAUAUACAAUGUGUCUCUGAUGCACAAGAGUGUGUAGUUAAGAUUCAGCCCAAAAUAGCACACAGAUAAUGUUUUCUAACUCUCUGAAUCUGACCCUUUUAAGCAUUGAUCCUAAUUGUGGCGUUUUGGUGACUGUGGAUGCCUACGAGCCAUCAUGGUGACUGAUGUAAAACAGCACUGUGUGUGUGUGUGUGUGUGUGUGUGUGUUGACAGUGCUGGUCAGGUGUGCACGUGUGCUUUAUGCUUCAUCUAUGGAGACCUUUAAGGAUCAGAGGGUGCUGUGAAUCAUGGAUAUAAUUGUGAAUUUAACGGCACAAGAACAUUGAAAAAUAUUCCCAUCAUGCCACUGAAAGGGAAGAAAGUGUCGCACUGUUCAGAAUCCAGUUUCACAUUGAUUUAUUAAGUUCUUUUAAUGCAUUCAUAUCCGUCAAACACUCCACACAGAACAAUCUGAUCAUGUUAGUGCAGUCAGCAACAUGUGCAAGUAUUAUUAUCUUAAUUCAGUGGAUUGCAUACUUGAAGACACUUUAGUAGAGUGAUUAAAUAAAAAUGGAAACAAUUAUCAGCCAAAUAUGAAGAACCAAAGUGUCUAAUUGCAUUGAUUUUAAUUAAAUUUGCUUGUAUUUUGUUAAUUAAUAUUGUUUUUUUUAUGCAAACAGUAAGACCAUAAGCUGUAAAUAUCAAAGCACUUAUAUAUAUAUAUAAAUUUGUGCUUUGUUUAUGUUUUGUUUUACGUUUUUUUUUUAUCUAUAUGCAGUGCAUAUCAUCAGUUUUAGCCGUGGUUUCAACAAAACAGCUGCUAUAAUGUUGUUGGGUGGAACAAUUGUCCAUCAUAUUUAGAAAAAGGUCUGAAUAACACAUUAAAAGACUCUUAAGGACCACAGUUUGAUGCUGAAAAUGACGAUGGAACAUUUUGCCACCCAAUAUUUUGACACUUUCUUCUCAGAAAUGAAGAUACUCAUUUGAAUACAUGCUUUUUUUGUAAAUUUAAUUUUAUGUACGCCAAAAUAUCUUUGACCCAGAGAUUGUGCAACACAUUUUCCUUUUGGUGCUGCAUAUUAUGUGCUAGACUGUGCUAGAGAAAACCAUCGG